ACCGCGUCUGCCCGCCCCGCCCGGCCCGCGUCCCGAGCUCGCUGCGCCGGCGGCCCUGCCCGGCUGCCGCCCGGGAUGAACAUCAUGGACUUCAACGUGAAGAAGCUGGCGGCCGACGCGGGCACCUUCCUCAGCCGCGCUGUGCAGUUCACAGAAGAAAAGCUUGGCCAAGCAGAGAAGACAGAAUUGGAUGCUCACUUGGAGAACCUCCUUAGCAAAGCUGAAUGUACCAAAGUAUGGACAGAAAAAAUAAUGAAACAGACGGAAGUAUUACUGCAGCCAAAUCCAAAUGCCAGAAUAGAAGAAUUUGUUUAUGAAAAACUGGAUAGAAAAGCACCAAGUCGUAUAAACAACCCAGAACUUUUGGGACAAUAUAUGAUUGAUGCAGGAACUGAGUUUGGCCCAGGAACAGCUUACGGUAAUGCUCUUAUUAAAUGUGGAGAAACACAAAAACGUAUUGGAACAGCUGACAGAGAGCUAAUUCAAACAUCUGCCUUAAAUUUUCUCACUCCUUUAAGAAACUUUAUAGAAGGAGAUUACAAAACAAUUGCAAAAGAAAGGAAACUAUUACAAAAUAAGAGACUGGAUUUGGAUGCUGCAAAAACCAGGCUAAAAAAGGCAAAAGCUGCAGAAACUAGAAGUUCACAACUAAACUCUGCUCGCCUUGAAGGAGAUAACAUUAUGGUAAAUUUCUCUCACAUGCUCAACUUCCUGCAUGUAAAAUGGCUGAAGAUUUGGGCAGAGGAAGUGACAAAAUCUGAACAGGAAUUAAGAAUAACUCAGAGUGAAUUUGACCGUCAAGCAGAGAUCACCAGACUUCUGCUGGAAGGAAUCAGCAGCACACACGCCCAUCAUCUCCGCUGUCUCACUGACUUUGUAGAAGCCCAGACGACUUACUAUGCACAGUGUUACCAGUACACGCUAGACCUCCAGAGACAACUGGGAAGUUUUCCAUCCAAUUAUCUUUCUAACAACAAUCAGACUUCUGGGACACCUGUGUCCUCCACUUUAUCAAAUGUGAUUGGUCCUUCUGUCAUGGCUUCAACAAGUAGCCUGGUAGUCACCCCUCCUUCCACUGUCAGUGACCUUAAAGAAUCAAGUGGCAGCAGAAAGGCCAGGGUUCUCUAUGAUUAUGAUGCUGCAAAUAGCACGGAACUGUCCCUUCUGGCAGAUGAGGUAAUCACUGUGUUCAGUGUCGUUGGAAUGGACUCAGACUGGCUAAUGGGCGAGAGAGGAAGUCAGAAGGGCAAGGUGCCGAUUACCUACUUAGAACUGCUCAACUAAGUAGGGAGACUAUGACAGAUGAGCCAUCGUGACAGCGUAUUUAUAUACAAUUAACUCUAAAUAAAGCAGGUUUAAGUAUCUUCUAUGUUAAUGUCUUAUAAGACUGGGGGAAAAAAAUACCAGCCAUCAGAAACUGGCCUUUAUGCCAGUAAAAGUUGCAUGGUUAAUAUUUCAUUACAGAAUUUAUGGUAGCAAUUUCAUGACAAGAAUGUUUUCUUACACAAUUCUCUUUCUACUGAGGUUUCACUAACAAGUAGCUUUUACUUUUGAGCCCCAACUUAAGACAAAAGAAUUGUUUUCUACUGAAUUUUUCAUUAACCUAAGCCUUUUUCUUUUAUGUAAAAUAAAUUUAUUAUGAAUUCAUAUCAGUGACUCAUUUAUUAGGUAUAAUAGCCAAAGAAAAAAGUAAAAAUUUACUUUCAACUUUUGAUUCAAGAAAGAGCUGUAGGAUGUGUCUCUCCUGUGAGGAGCGCGGUGUUGUAAUGCUUCCACGCAGAGAGAUGCAGCUGUGCCAUUCUCAGUGCUGUGCAGUUGGCACGAGGGACUCAAGACGGCCUCAGUGUUUUUCUUCUUGGUGUUUGUUUGGUUUGGAUUUGGGUAGUUUGUUUUUUAAACAUUACUAUAUGAUUUCUUAAAAACUUAAAAACUAUCCCUUGAAAAGCAUCACAUUACCUACUGAUGUGUAGUUAAGUGUCUAGGAUGUCUAGGACAAAUCCACUUCACUAAGCAUAAUGGUUUUAAAUUUAUUCAGUUGGCAAAAUUAAACGCAUGAUCUCAUUGCAUCGAUAAAGAACAUAGUACACUAUAGUAAAGAGGAUUGGUUAUUAAACAGCAGAUUUGUAUAAAAAUAUGGAUUAGUGCCCCUGUGUUCAUUAUAGAAUAAAUCACUUGCAAACAGGCUUGUUUACUCUGGCUUACUAAUGGAACUUUGAAAAUGUAUUAGCGUAGGUUACCUUGGUCAGGCUCCCAGGUUGUAAAGCACAUUCUACACAUUUGGAGCCCAAGGACUGCUGCUGUGUGAGCCGUUGCUGUGGAUCAACAGCAGUUGCUGAAAGGCAUCAAUCUAGAAACUUUUUGCUGGACAUCAGUUCGCAUUUAUUUAUUCAUUCAUCCAUUUGUUGAGGACGAAGUAGCUACAUUGAGCAACUUAAGUAUGCUGCUAUUAACAAGAUGCUCAGCGACCUUGUCCCGGAGAGCUUAAAGACCAGUGCAGUAUGCAAAACCAGCAGCAGAGUUAAUAUUAUGAAGGAAUAGGAGGUGUGUGUUUAGGAAUCACCUGACUGUGAGCACUGAGGAGUUGCAGGUAGAAAGAAAAAGAUGUCCUGGGCCUGAGUCAAGAGAGCCUGUCAUUCAGGAUGGCUUACGCUUGAAGUGCACAAUUAGUUAAUUUAUUCCGGGACUCUUGAGCUGAGCUAUCAAAAUGAUAAAUUUUUGAAUUUUAAAGUGGACUGUUUGAAAAGCAUUUAAAAAUCCUUUUGUGUUAAGAGCUCUGAAGAGAUUCAUAAACAUUUUAGAAGUUUGGCUCACAGUCCAAACUUGUAACAACCUAUGCCAUCAGACAUUCUUUUGCAACUUCAUAGAUGUACAAGACUGAAUUAUCAUAUUAAAGAACCCCAAAAACUACUCAAAAUGACUAGUUUUCUAAGAACCAACUGAAUAAUGCUUCUGUGUCUCUCAGAAAGGAAGCCUGACGUACUGCCAAUAUGUAUGUGCACAGUUAGGCUUUGAAAGACUACAGAAAUUUAGGUCAACUUAAGCAGCAACUUAGGGGGGGUGUCAUGGCACACACUAUUAAUCCCAGCACUCGGGAGGCAGAGGUAGAAGGAUAGCCAUGAGUUCGAAGUCAGCCUGGGCUAGAGUGAGACCCUACCUCAAAAAAUCAAAAAAAAAAAAAAAAAAACAGCAACGUAGGCUUAUGGGAAGAAAAGUAGUAGAGGAGGAAGUCCAGGCAGUGGAGUGAACUGGCCCAGCUUUGUGUCCAGCCUUCCUCGCUCACGAGCUGCGUUCCGUGGACUCAGUGCAGAUGGGUAGCUGCCUUUUCUCAUCAGUGAACAGGAUGUUUAUGAAUUACUGCCACCUUAUAGUUGAGAGGUUAUGCAGCAAAUGUUUAUGUUAAAUGAUUUUUAGGCAAAGGCUUGGCACAUAGGUUAAGUCCAACAUAAUACUCAAUCUUGUUCUCAUGUUGAUUUCUUUUUUGUUUUAAUGGGGUUUUGGUUUGCUGGGUUUUUUUAUUUGUUUGGGCUUAAACUUGUAGAUUUAGUUUUUACUCAGGUAAACACCCUAGAGAUUUAGGCAUUGAAAAAAAUUUUGAGACUACAAUUCAGAGUUAUUUAAAUAAGUCCUGUGUCCCUGAGCUUAAUUCAAAUGUGCAGCAAUGGGUGGAGGAUGGAUAUGUUAAAUACUAAACAUGGAGAUAUUUAUACACUGUUUACAAACUGAAAAAAUUGAUUGGAUUUUAUCUACUUUGUCCUUAAAGUAGUCUAACUAUAAGGUAAUAGUGUUAAAACAUUUUUAUGGUGCUAUUCUAAAAAAAGUUCAUGUUCAGGAGAUGAGGUUCCCAAUCCAAGAAUAUACCUCACCCUAUGCAACAAGGAGCGUAACCCUGGGUGGGCUAAGGCCCAUCUGCUAGUCUGCUUCCCCUUCACAGAACUAAGGAGCAAAAGGAAACUAACGAGUGGUGGGAGAACUAGGGGCACUGUUGCCAGGAGACGAUGGUGGAGCGGGACGAGCACAGCAAGCCACUUGCUGCCCAGUGAGGCUGAGCUAGGUUCCUGAAAACCCUCCCUCUCUCCCAGACACCUAGUGUGUUCAAGUGUCCCUAAUUGCACUUUAAGCCUGAGCGAAGAGCUCCUUCUCUAGAUGAGAAUUGGUGGGGAUGGAGUCCCCACCACCCCUGUCCUUUCCCCCACAUUAUCCUAAGUAGAGUGUCAGAGUGUAAGUCCCCAAGCCAGCAGAAUCAGUUGCCUGGAAACCUGUUUAAAAUCCUAACUGCUGUGUUCAAAUAGUUUGCCUUUAUUUGUAUUUAUCUUCAAAGGCCUGUGAAACUAGUAGUGUUAGUCUUCUGUGGGAUAGCUUUUAAAAUAUUUUAAGACAGCCAGGCGUGGUAACGCAUGCCUUUAAUCCCAGCACUUGGGAGGCAGAGGUAAGAGGAUCACCAUGAGUCCAAGGCCACCCUGAAACUACAUAGUGAAUUCCAGGUCAGCCUGGGCUAGAGUGAGACCUUACCUCAAAGAAAUAGAUUUUAAGACAAAAAUCUCCUCUCACUACAUCCUAACUUUAAUUGUAACUUAUAUAGUUAUUUUAUUAUUUAUUUGUUUCAUAUAUAUCUGUCAUUCUAGAAUGUCAACUUCCUGACAUAAAACUAUGGUUCUGCUGAUCAUAAAUUAGCAAGGCUUUGUGCUAAGAGUUAGUAAUUGUAAGUACUUGAUAAAUAUUUGUUGGCUAAAAGAAAAAAAUACAAAUGCCUAAGACUUCCCAAGACCUACUGAGCCAGACACCAGACCUGGAGCCCCACGGUCUUGUCACAAGCCAUUCAAAUGAUCCUGUACAGUCAGGAUUCAGAGCCACCACAGAACUAACAGUUCAUCUUUCACCAUCAGGCCUACUAUUGUUGGACAUCACUUGAAAAUCUCUCUCUCCCUUCUGUAGCCCUCACCAAAAUUACUUUCACAGGUAGAGGAACUUAGUCAUCUAACUUGCAAGCUGGUGUUAAGGUAUAAGGAUAUGUCUAGCAUCUAUUAGGAAAAUAUUCUUGAGAUGAUAGGACCUGGAUGCUAUGGAAGGCUUUUAAGAAGAUAGAUCUAUCUGUGUGAGGAAAAUUAAUCACUAACCACAUUUCCUUGCUGUGCCUUGAACAUCCAAACACCCUGACAAACACUAAAGCAGUAUUAGGCUAACGUGUACAUCCCUGUGCCUCAGGCUGCUAAGCUGUAGACUUUUUAAGAAUUGUUCAUGCUUUUUUAAUAAAACAAAUCAUAACCAUGUUGGCAAAAAAAAAAAUAUAUAUAUAUAUACACUUUUAAGAGAAUUGACUGUAAUUCUCCCAUUCAGGGAGAAGCACUGUUAUGUAGAUACAUGGCCUUCCAGACUCUGCUGUGCAUUUGUAGAUUUUUCAAAUGGGAUCAAAUUGUACAUACUGUUCUGUGCAUUUUUCAACAGUACCUAGACUUUCUUGCUGUGUCAUAUGUGUUUCUACUUUUUAAUAUUUGCAUGAUACUUCAUAUGUGCCACAUUUUAUUAAGAUGCAGUUGAAUUUUUAGGUUUCUAAUUUUUCACUAAUAAACUGCUUUGAAGAACGUUGUGCUGCUAA